CUCAGGAAACAGCUGAACAAAUGGAAAGACAAAAUGCAACUGUUUCACUCUGCUCAAGAAGCCAAAAACUCUGUACUAGAAACAAAGUGGCAUGAGCUAAAAACAAGCCAGGAGAAUCUCAGAUCUGAGCUUCAGCAAAUGAGGGACAGAAACCGUAUCCUGGAAAUGAAUUGUCAUGAGUUAAUAGCAAGACAGGAGAAUCUCAAGGUGGAAGUUCAGAAAAUGAGACUGGACAUUCAGAAUAUCACUACAUGCCACCAAAAAACCUUGAAGAAAAGGAAUAUUCAGAAUGGAGCUGGCUGCCCAUCAUCUGAGCUCAACCAUGUGGGAUUUUCAAAUUUGCACUCACCUUGUGCUGAAAGAAAAUGGCUGAUAGAGCCACAGGCUGACCUACUCACCAGGAAUACAGGGUCAUCAGAGAUCACACAGAAGUCAGAUUUCUUCCAAAAUAUCUACCCUGAAGUUGUACAUAAUGAAACCCCUAGGGAGAAAAUUGUAUCUUUAACAAGCAGCUCUGGAACUCCUGAGAGUAACAGGAACCACUUCAGCAAGGGGAUUAAGACCAGAAGCUCCCAGUGUUCUAAGGCAUCAGAGGUACACCUUAGUGAGAAGUGGAUAGAGAAGAACCAGGAGCUGCAACAGUUAAUGAUAAAGUUGAAAGAAACACUAGGUCUCCAAGUGCAACCAGGUUGUCCCUCUGAUGGGUUGCUGUCCAGUGCUGAGCGCCUUUGCAAGUCUUUCUCUGAUCUCAUCACUCAUGUAGCUUCACCAGCCAGGAAAACUGAAGUUGGUGGCAAUGGCCUGUCCAUACUGUCUGAUCUUCCAAGUUAAAAGAAGA